AUGCUCGUUCUUGAACACGACAAGACCGAGCUGUUUCACUUUUCGCGUCGCCGAGACGCCUACAAUCCCUCGCUGGAUUUGGGGUACGCCCCUCAUACCGGCGCCACACCUUUGAAACCUAAGACCUAUUGGAGGUACUUGGGCUUCUACUUUGACCGCGGGCUCACGUUCCAUGAGCACGUUCGCUACUACGCCACCAAGGCGUUUACCACUGUGCAAGCCAUGCGCAUGCUCGGGAACUCUACUAGAGGUCUAUCGCCUAAACAGCGCCGCCUCUUAUAUCGAUCGUGUGUGGUCCCUAUUGCCACAUACGGUUAUCGCCUCUGGUAUUUUGAUGGCGCCCGCAAUAAGGGCGCGAUGAACCAGCUAAAACGGAUGCAGCGAAAAGCUGCUCUAUGGAUCACGGGUGCUUUCCGCACCUCACCCACAGGCGGUCUUGAGGCCCUCGCUGGCCUCAUCCCCGUCCAUCUCAUGCUGAAGAAACACUCACCCCCUCCGCUCUAUGAUGGGCGAGGGACUCCUCAAGCGAGCCGCACCACACGCUCGCUCUGCCGCCUUGAUGACCCCAGCCAUGCGGGGGAAACUCGCCACAGCCGGUUACUGGACCGCUAUGCGGACCGUCUCCAUUUUGACGAGCGUGAUCCUGGCCAGGAUAGGCGCCCAUAUCUAGACGAGCUCAUUGCGAAAGCAAGGGCCGACCCACUAACAGUACUGGCUGCAACUGAUGGCUCUGUCCCUCAGUCCAACCAGUACCAGGCGGCUUCGGCUGCUAUAAUCUACAAGGGACAUCGCGAGCUCGAAAGGACCCGCUAUGUCUCUGGCAGAGUUACCGCCCCAGAUGCGGAACUCAAUGCCAUCUCGUGUGCAGUGCGCCUUGCUGUCAAGCAGGCAAACUGCCAACAUAUUAUGGUCUUCACUGACUCUAUGGGCUCAGCCCAUAGAGCGGUUGACCCCGGCAUGCAUUCUGGUCAGGCUUUUAGUCUGUCAGUAUGUCGCGCUCUUCAAGAGUGGUUUGAGGCGGAUAAUCUCCGUCGCAUUACCUUCGUUUACGUCCCUUCCGCUAUGCGGUGGGAUAUCCAUGGUGAAGCACACAAAUACGUCACCGAACUCAAAGUCAGGGUUGGGCGUCGCAAGACGGACAACUCCAUAGACGCGCUUCGCUCUCGAGCUGCGCACUCAGUCUUGGAUUCGUGGAGUUCCACUUUCCAAGAUCCAACCUACCGAGGCUCUGAAUUUUUAGAGCUUCAACAGCCUGACGGGCGGCCGCUACAGCCAUGGGGACCUUGGCUCUCAACCUUCGGACACAGUAUUACUGAGUUCGCUCGCGUUUGCCGGUGCAUAACUGGCCACGCGCCCAUUGGAGCGUAUUACCGUCGCUUCAAGAUCAACGAGCCUCAUGGCUGCACUUGUGGGGCUGCUUUGCAGUCCCGCCAGCAUAUCCUCUUUCGCUGUCGCGACAGAUAUUCUAGGAGGGAGCAGGCCAAAGCAUCGGACGACCCAAUGGUCCACCUGGCGUGGUCUGUGGAGAAGAUGCGCCGGCAGCAACAGUCGACAAGCCGGGCGGUCCUCGAGCAACUCGAGGUGACCAACCGGCUCUUGACUCGGUUCGUCACAGCCUAUGAAAAGGCCCACGCGGAGAAGAAGGAGGAAGACAAGGAAAGGGAGCAGUAA